CACAGCAUACUUCUAGCAUCGCUCUAUGGCGUCCACAACACUGAACGUAGCGAUCGAAAGUCCCAAAAUGCUACAGAAAAUGGCCUUUGAUAGUUGAAGGCCGUGUUUUGAGUUGUUUAUUAAAGCUCUGAAUAUGGAGAACACUGUACGAACAGCUCCAUGUCAUACGUUCUUCUAGUGACGCAGAAUUUAUGGGUUCGCUGGGUCGCGAGGAAGAAUAAAGAGAAUCUUGAGGACUCCCGCUGGAUCGAUGCACAAAUUGGAUAAUCAAAUAGCUCCUCGCUAACCGUACGGAAUUGGAGGAUGGCUGGAAUUAUUGGGAACAGUUCAACAUCUGGAAUGGGUGACAUCAUCCAGCUGAAUGUCGGAGGAACGAGAUUUAGCACGUCAAGGCAGACUCUGACAUGGAUUCCUGACUCUUUCUUCUCAAGUUUACUUAGUGGAAGGAUAUCAACACUACGGGAUGAAACUGGAGCCAUAUUCAUUGACAGAGACCCAACAGCAUUUGCACCCAUUUUAAACUUUCUUCGAACUAAAGAAUUAGACUUGAGGGGGGUUAACAUUAGUAUCCUGCGACAUGAGGCAGAGUUCUAUGGUAUUAGACCCUUAGUCCGACGCUUACUGCUUUGUGAAGAACGGGAGCGAUCAUCAUGUGGAAGUGUGUUGUUUCAUGGCUACCUCCCUCCACCAGCUCUCCCAGCGCGGAGCAGUGUAGGUGGGAAGGCUGCAGCUGUUGCAGGUCCAGAGGAGCGCUCAGGCCCCAGUGGCGCGGAGGGGGGUUACCCACGUUCCUGCCCUCAGUCUUCUCUCCCUGGACCCUCUGGGGUAGAUGGACCUGAAACAAUAGGAUCACCAGUGGACCCUAGGAAGGUGCUGAUUGUCGCUGGCCAUCAUAACUGGAUUGUAGCUGCUUAUGCACAUUUUGUCAUUUGCUACAGGAUAAAGGAAUCAUCAGGCUGGCAGCAGGUGUUUUCCAGCCCUUACCUGGACUGGGCCAUAGAGCGGGUGGCCCUCAAUGCAAAAGUCAUGGGCGGCCCACAUGGAGAUAAAGACAAGAUGGUGGCAGCGUCAUCAGAGAGCCGCAUUAUAUUGUGGAGUAUCCAGGAUGGAGGGAGUGGAAGUGAAAUAGGUGUGUUCAGUCUUGGAGUACCUGUUGACUCUCUGUUCUUCAUUGGGAGUCAGCUGGUCGCCACCAGUCACACGGGGAAGGUGGGAGUGUGGAAUGCCGUCACCCAGCACUGGCAGGUGCAGGAUGUGGUGCCCAUCACAAGCUGCGACACUGCUGGCUCCUUCCUCUUGCUGGGCUGUAACAACGGCUCAAUUUACUAUAUUGACAUGCAGAAGUUUCCGCUGAGAAUAAAGGACAAUGACUUGUUGGUGACGGAGCUGUACCACGACCCAUCGAAUGAUGCCAUCACGGCCCUCAGUGUCUACCUGACUCCUAAAACCAGUGUGAGUGGGAACUGGAUUGAGAUCGCAUAUGGAACCAGCUCAGGGGCCGUGCGUGUCAUCGUGCAGCAUCCAGAGACUGUUGGAUCUGGUCCACAGCUCUUCCAGACCUUCACUGUCCACCGCAGCCCUGUCACUAAGAUUAUGCUCUCUGAAAGGCACUUAGUUUCCGUGUGUGCUGACAAUAACCAUGUACGCACAUGGACGGUGACGCGCUUCAGAGGCAUGAUCUCCACUCAGCCAGGAUCUACUCCGCUGGCCUCCUUUAAGAUCAUCUCACUGGAGGAGACAGAGAGCCAUAGUAGCUAUUCCUCUGGCAAUGACAUCGGUCCAUUUGGAGAGAGAGACGACCAACAGGUGUUCAUUCAGAAAGUCAUUCCUAUUACCAACAAACUCUUUGUUCGCCUCUCCUCUACGGGAAAAAGGAUCUGUGAGGUGCAGGCUGUAGGUGGCACCACCAUCACGUGUUUUACAGUGCGAGAUUGUGAGGGCUCGAGCCGCAUGGGCUCCAGACCCCGCCGUUACCUCUUCACUGGCCAUGCAAACGGGAGCAUUCAGAUGUGGGACCUCACCACUGCCAUGGACACGGUCAACAAGAGUGACGACAAGGCCAAGCGGGAACCAGAGGUGGGAGGUCCAACUGAGGAGGAGCUGCUGAAGCUGCUUGACCAAUGUGAUUUGAGCACAUCUCGCUGUGCCACGCCCAACAUCAGCCCCGCCCCCUCUGUGCUGCAGCACAGCCGGCUGCGAGAGUCCUGCUCCAGUCUCCAGCUGCAGGCUCAGGAGCCCAUCCCCGAGACAGCCACUUAUGGAGCCUCGCGGCCGUACCGAGAAAGCCCCUUGCUGGCCCGUGCUCGACACACCGAGAGCUUCCACAGCUACAGAGACUUCCACUGCUUAAACCUGACCAAGGCCCUGCUGGAGAACCACGGACAGUGCGGAUCCAUGGAGGAUGAGAUGCACCAUUCAGCGGGAGAGAACAACGCUGAGGACCUCGACAAAAGGAACUCUACCAUGGAUCUUUGGGGGUCCAGAUCAUCUGAAACCCAGUCUUCAGCUGCACGCAAACCCCCAGACAGCCCAGGAGACCAGCAGCGAAGGGCCCAUUUGAUGGAGGAAGCGACUGCAGACCCUAGACCAGAUGGGGGCAGGAGGAGAGGGGCAUUUGAAGCAAAUUUUCUAAGCAGGAAAAAGGCCCCCCCAGUUCCACAACUGAGCCCCCCACCGGCAGGAGCUGAUGGAGGCAGCAGCGACUCGUCCAGCACCGCCUCACCCUCGCCAACUAAAGUGUCCACAUCCCCACGCCAUCGCAAGGCUCCUGACGCUGCAUGUGAGUGAUGGUUCACACAGAUUUGUCCUAUGCAGAGCUCGUACCAAAUACAAUAAUCAAUGACAGGGAAAAGAAAGUAGUUGAAUGGAUGACUUCAAAAGUGAAGCGUUUCAGAAUGUAGAUGCGAAGGUUUGGCAGGAUGCAAGCUGGCAGCUAAAAAAGAAACCUCACUCACUGUGGACAGAUUUAAAGGGAAAAUACACAGCAUAAAUAUGUCAGUUUCACAUGUCUGUUAACCGGUUGAAAGAAGUUAUUAAGCUUUUGUCAGACUGAUGACGCUUCCACAAUAUGGACCUAAUCCUCUCUUCACUGAUUUUUCCAAGCUUAAAUAUGAGAUACAUUUACUUUUCAUUCCUUUGAGAAAAUUAACAAAGAGUGACUAGAUUAAUUAUUCAGCCAGUUAGACUUUAGCUUUGUACACCUGUGCCUUUACUAAACAUUUUUAUUGUUUUUGUCCAUUAAAGGGAUAGUCCAUCCUAAAAUGAAAACGUGAAGAAAAUUUGAAUGAAGAAUUUACUCACCCUCAUGUCAUUUAAAACCCACAGGACUUUCUUUUGUGGAUCAGCAAAGGAAAAGUUUAACAGAAUGUUUUGCUGCUCUCUUCUAUACAAUGAAGGUGGAUUUAAUACUUUAUAUUCAGAGCUCUGAGUAAUAGAAUUAAAUGUAUGUUACUAUUGAUAAUCUUUUCUUGAUAAUCCUUCUUGACAUUUGCUUUCAUUGUAUAGUAAAGAUCAGUUUGACUACUUUCGUGUUCCAUGAAAGAAAAAAAAAUCAUACAGGGGUUGAAAGACUUUUCAGAUUUUGAGUGGAUUAUUGCUUAAAUGGUUUGCUUUUCUUUUGUAAAUGAAGUUGCUUUUUUAAAAAGUAGAUUAGCAUGCUGAUGCUACUGGCCACUAACAGUACCUCCAAAACACUGUGAUGCACUUUAUUGUCUGUACUUACAUUGAAUGGACUGAACAGAUGAACUUUAAUGAUCAGGUUUGACUCCACUGCUGUCGUGAAGGCAGCAGGAAUCAGCAGCCUUUGACAGAAUCUCUUUCUUUCUUCAUUAAUCCUUUCAGACGGGUUGCGCUCUCUGAACUUUCAGCAUGCAUCCGCAGGGGAUUUUUACUUGCUCUAUCCAUCUUUGGGAUUUAUUCAGUGCCUUUUGCUAAUUUGGAUAGAUACUGCUGUGAGAAAUCGAAACUGAUUUAGCUUUUUUUCUCUUUCUGAUGUGCGAGUUAGUUGGAUUAUCACAUUAUGCAACUGAUUUAAGUGAAGCGGAUUCAGUUCAACUCCCAGAAUAAGACACUUACCAAGAUGAGAAAAAGAAAAAAGAAAAGAAAUUAAAAGAAAAGGUAUAUUUUACAGUUGCCAGAUUUAAAGGUAAUAAUAUACAAAUAAAAAUAGAAAAAAAUGAUUUUAUUUUAAUCAUUUAUUUUAUUUAUUAAAAUGAGCUCUGUAUUUAAAAUGCUACAAUACAAACUUCUAAUGUCUAAAUAAUCUAAAUAAUUAAUCAACAUGUGAAUAAUGUCAUCAUAACGUGUAAUUUUAUCAUUUGCAUUUUCACUUCUGUUAAGAAUAUACUGUCAAGAAUUAUUUAUAUUUGACAUGAAGCUAAUUUUGCAUUCAACUGAUGAGCAUGGUCACUUUCUUUCCAGCCAUUCCACUUUGUGUACAGGUUAUAUCCUGCCAGAGAAAAUGUACAGUAUAUAGUGAUUAUUAUUUUAAUGGUAACUAAAUGGAAUCCUUUAACAAAGUACUUUAUAUAAAGGAAAUGAGAUCGUAUUAAUGCUAUGCAAUCAGUGUUAGUGCUGACAGUAGGCUACAUAGCCUGAAACUAAAUCAUGAAUAACAGAAAUGAAUAGCAGAAAGUUAUUUGGACAACAGCAUGAAGCUAGAAAAAUAAAUUCAAAUAAAUAAAACAAUAAAAAUAAUUACCCCUUGGAAGAUCUGCGUGGUUCAUUUCUCAAAAUGAUGUUGCAUAAAAUACUAUAAAAUGCUUCCAAUUGACUUUUUAAAAUGUCCUUUGUUGCUAUGACUGGUUUGCUCCUAGGUGUAGUGAUCUUGGUAUCAAAAUGGUAUCAAGAUAUGCAUAUUAAUUAAUUAAAUGCAUAUUACUUAAUCAGCUACUUAUGUCAUUUAUUUGCUCUCUGAGAUGUUUCAGUGUUGGGGAAUAUUUAAUGGACAAGAGUAUGAUUCUUUAUGCUUGCUUUCAGAAAUACAGUCACAAGCUGAUUUGUGUUUUCAGUCUGGUUACUGUAUGAUUUCAUCUCCAGACAAGAGACCUUAUCAUUUCAAUAUGCAGAAUAGUUAUGUUUUAUCAAACAAGACUUGCUUACCUGCUGCACAGAUCAUGACAUGGCUACAAGAAGAAAGUUUGUUACUUGAAAUAUGGGGAAAAAAAUUGAAUAUGGUACAUGCACUACAGAUCGGUACUCAGCUUCUGUACAUUUCCAGUGGCACAAUAAAGUAACCAAACAGAGCUGCGUCUCAGAC